AUGAACACAGCAGGCUCCAACGCCUACGCAGCAGCAAUAAUCACCGUAGAGAUGCAGCUCAAAGAUAUUGUACAAAAUCUAUACAACCUGAUUGUACAGUCAUAUGAUCACCAUGGGGGCAAAACACAAGAAGCGAUGAAGCGCGAGAUUCAAUCACUGGUCCAAAACUUGGUCAAGCUGUCGAGCACGGCGCCUUCGGUGCAAAUUGACAUCCCGCCGGAAGUAACAACUUACGUGGAGAAUUCCAGAAAUCCCGACAUAUUUACACGCGAGUUUGUGGAGACAGUUCAAAGGAUGAAUCAGAUGCUAAAUGGACGUGUCGACGCAUACCGAAUGCUACAAGAUCAGCUCGCUCGACAAAUCUCCAGCGUGAUACCAGAACUCAAGGAUGACGUAAACGCUGUCCUCCAAUCCACUGGUGGAAAUGUGCUGGCUUGA